AUGGCAUCUAGUGUUGCAGAAUCGUGGAAUAUGAAGAUUGGCGGCAUUCGUGGCCUGCCUAUAACAGAUGUGGUUGAUGGUGUUAGGAGUAUUAUGAUGGUGGAAAUGUGUGUAAGGGCAGAGGAGGCUGCGGUUAUGUCAACUGUACUUUGCACUCCCAUUCAGGGUGCUGUUAAUAAACUAGUACAUGACAGUAGAGUUUUGACAACAAAGAGGGCAUCGGAGUACAUUUACGAGGUGCUUAGUACUCCAACAGCUGUUGUUGACAUUCGCAACAGGUCGUGCACGUGUAGAGCGUGGCAAGUCAACGGUCUGCCAUGUAUACAUGUUGCGUGUGUUCUGUUCCAUAACAAUAAUGAUGGUUAUGCAUAUGUUGACUACUAUUACACGGUUGAGUGUUAUAAAACCACGUAUUCGCACAGUAUUUAUCCAUUUGUCAAGCCAGAUUUUGAUGGUGAUUUUCCUUUGGUUGGACCUCCAGAUUAUCAUAUUCGGCGUGGCAGGCCGAAGGUGAAGAGAGUUCCUUCGAGAGGUGAGAAGGUUAAGAGGAAGAUAAAAUGCAGCUCAUGCAACCGUAUGGGCAAUCACAACAAGAAAACGUGCAGGAGGCCUGUAUGA